CGACACAACACGACACGAUUCGGAAUCGCCCCAGCGCACGAAGUCGGCUUAAAAGCUUCAUCCCGUGACCUGACGCAUACACAAAUUUACAAACAUUCAUUUUAAAAUAUCAACAUUUUUUCGCGCGCGGUCGGUCUCUGUUGGAAGAACGAGGGAAAAAAGUAUUUUGAAUUUUCGAGAAGUGUUAUUGAAUACAAUGAACAAAUUCUAGGGUGAUAGUUUCAAGUGUCGAAAUAUUUUUGUGGAAGAUAAACAUUAGAGGACUGCAAGUGUGUACUACAAAAAGAGACUGUUUGAAACGAACAAGUGCAGUUAAAUUGUUUGAGAAAAAAAAAUCAGCAUCUUUACAGUGCUCCUGCGAAGAACACGAAUGACCAACAGGAUGAUUACUCACUGGAGUAUGCUGCUGGCCCUCGGGCUUUUGCUGCUGAACCCUGCGUUUGCCCAUCAGGAUUUCUUCAUACCCGAUUUGGGCUCCAAAGCGGAAAUACCCGGAGAGGAAAUUUACAACGAGUUGGUGGAUGAAGUUCAGAAGUUACACAAUCAGGAAAUUAACUAUCUACAGUAUCUGGCUGCGGUGGCCGCUCGGCAGCAGCGGGAGGAGGAGGCGCUCCAGCAACAGAAACAGGAACAACAACGGCGGUCUUCGCUGCAGCAAUUCGGAGAGGAAGCGGCCGCCUCCUUGGUGGAUGAAAUUCCCGCCGAGAGUUCAGUGAAAGACUUAAACCGGCUGGGUCGACUGCAAGAACUCCCGAAACCGUUACCUUACCAGAAGGCCAAAGAUGAGAAGAAGAGCAAUCACUAUAUGUCCUUAUGCCACUUCAAACUGUGCAACAUGGGACGUAAACGUAAUACCCGAUUCCUCCACUUCUGGAAUUAAGCCAGAAUGAACCGAUAUACUCAAACCAAACCCAAUCUGAAUUAAAGGAUCUACGAGAGCACGACUGGUAGCACACGUCAAUUUCCAUUCCAUCCUCCAUCUGUUCCGGGACCCGUACGGGACAGUACGAAGCUGUAUUAGUAUUGAUUCAACUUACAUUUUUUUUUCAACAACAAACAAAAAACGCAUUACGCAUUUAUUUAUUUCCCGCUUUGGAUGAUAAUUGCUCAGAGAAUUAGGAUUCAUCGAACGACGCUUAACUUAUAAAUUAGCUGGAAAAAAAAUUGAAAGAACAAAAAAAAAACAAACAAACGCUGGCCUACAAAGGACCUCGCCGGAUUCGUAUUAUUAGCAUUAGUUCAAUUUUAUCUCAAGUAGCACCUAAGAGUAGAACGUUAGUUUAUGGAACCCAGUACCGCAAAAUUGUUUGGAUCAAACGCAAAACUAAAAUAUGAACGGAAGAACAUUUUCUCUAUGCCCCAGAGAUGAUACUUGAAGCUUUCAAACACAAUAUAUUAUGUGUAUUAUUAACUAUUUAUAAUUGGUAAAGGAUAAAAUAAAAAAUGACAGUUGAUGAGACACAAUUUUGAGAAUAUAAACAAAGUAUAUAUUACUAUCGGAGCAUAGAAAGAAUUCAUCAAUAGAAGAAACUGUGUGUAUAUUCAUAUUGUUCAUGUAGUUACAUCUGAAUUGACACAUUUUAACUGUCAUGUUUAUCAUUGUCAAUAUGGAAUGCUGCUGUCAUGCUGUAAUGAUGUUUUGUUA